AUGUUUGGCCCUAUCAUUGAUGUACUUGAUGAUAUUGUUGUUAAUGCACGUUUUGAAGAAAAGUGUAAGGCGAAGGGAUACCUUAAAGCAUGUUUAACAUUUGAAGUUUUCUUCAUGUUGUAUUUUAUGCGCACUAUUUUAGCAAUCACAAAUGAGCUUAAUGUUGCCUUUCAAAAGAAGGAGCAAGAUAUUGCAAAUGCUAUGAUACUUGUUAGAGUGGCAAAAGAUCAGUUGCAACAUCUAAGAGAGGAUGGUUGGACUUCACUUAUUGAUGAGGUAUCUAAGUUUUGCAUCAAAUAUGACAUAUUGAUACCUAACUUUGAUGAGCCUUAUGUUAUCCUUGGAAGAUCACGUCGUAGAGUUGCAGAGUACAAUAAUUUACAUCACUACCAUGUUGUAGUAUUCUGUAAAACUAUUGAUUGGCAAUUUCAAGAACUCAAUAACCGCUUUGAUAAGGUGACAACUGAAUUGCUUCUUGGAGUUGCUUGCUUGAACCCAGUUAACUCCUUUUCAAGCUUUGACAUUGAAAAUAUAUUGAGAUUAGCUAAGCUAUAUCCUGAAGAUUUUGAUAAAUACUCUACAGUUGACCUUCGUUUUCAACUUGAGAAUUACAUUGUGGAUGUCAGAGAUCAUGACAAAAGGUUUUCCGAUCUUAAGGGACUUGGCGAUCUUUCUAAGAAACUAGUAGAAACAAAGAAGCAUGGGACUUAUCCUCUUGUGUUCCGGCUAGUGAAGUUUGCUUUACUUUUUCCAGUUGCUACAGCUACGGUUGAAGGAGCUUUCUCAGCAAUGAAGUUGAUUAAGUCUGACUUACGAAAUCGAAUGGAUGAUGAGCUUUUGAGUGGUUGUUUAGUGCCUUAUAUAGAAAAAGAAGUAUUUAGUAAUAUUUCUAAUGAGGCUAUUAUGAAUACAUUUCAAAACAUGAAAACUUGUCGAGGAGAAUUGUAG